GAAUUUGAGGCCCGCGCGAGAGUUGCAGAAAGAAGGCGAUCGAGAGGUGAGGGCGGGGCGGGGCGGGGAGGAGGAGGACGGCACGAGGGAGAGGGAGGGAGAGCGAGAGGGGAGCGACGAAGGGGAGCAGAGGAAAGAGUCGGGAGCCGAUGAAUGGUGGAGCUGGCACAUUAUCGUCAGCAGCAGAAGCAGGAGGAGGCGAGGGCCGGAGUGGGCUUCGGAAGGCGCGGUGGGCGUGACAGAUUGGUGGGACGAGGAGCUGCGUUGCUCCCGGAUUGGAGAUUUCGUGAGGAGGGGCUGGGAAACUCGGCAUUCCGGCGUGGAAAGAAGGUGAGGGAGCUCGCGCUCGGGGCCUAGAUGGGCGCGAGGGAGGGCAAGAAGAGGAGGGGCGGGAUAGGAGUGGCGAUGGACGAAGAGCAGCGAGGGCGAUGGUGAACGGCCCGUGCUAGGAGCCAGAGCGAAGUGCCGAGGCGAGGAGGUUGGGCAGUUCCGUGCAGUGCAGUGCAGUGCGGUGCGAGAGGGACGGAGCACGAGAAAUCCGACCAUUUUUGAAAUACGCGGAAGCAGGUGGAUUGAAAGGCGGGCAGGCUGGAGCGGGGACGCAGAGAAAGUGGCGGGGGCCGCUGGGGCUGGGGUGGAGGCAAGCGGGAGAUGGUGAGCUCCGCGCCCAAUUCGCCGGGCGGGGUCGCCAGGUCUCGGCAGGAUACGGGCGCAAAUCUGCUGCAGGAGCUGGAGGCAUUGAGCCAAGCCUUGUACAAGGCCAGCCAGGCGCAGAAUAUUGGUCCCGUGGGUACCCCGCCCCCCGUGGUCGCCCCGCGGAAGGAGAUUGGAGGCCAUCUGCAGAGGAGGGAAACGUUGCCUGCUCGGCCUUUGAAUGAUGUUUUCUCCAAGAAUGGCCCCCCUUCGCCCGGUGGCCCUCACCCUAGUAGCCAGGGCCCCGUGCGUAAAACUCCGCAUACCCGACACUCGAUAUCUGCCAAACCUUCGGCGCCCUUGUACGAGGACCCGGAAAGAGGUGAUUUGCUUGUCAAAUCGCGACCCGUGAGGCACUCCAUUGCUGCCCCUCGAGCUUUCGAUGCAGAAGAGUCUCCGGUUCCUCGUGUUGAAAGAAAGCUUCAGCCAUGGCACUCUCAAGGGUUUGAGCAGAAUCUGCCAGAGGUAACGAACUUUCCCGCUUGGCUGGAAGAUAACAUCAACUUCAGCAAGAAAUUGGAGGCUGCCCCUGAGAAAAAGAAGAGCAUAUGGAAUUGGAAACCAUUCCGGACCUUGUCGCACAUUGGACACACUAGGCACAAUUGUUUGUUCACUGUGCACGUGCACGCCAUUGAAGGAUUGCCACCCGCCAUAAAUGGUUUACGACUCACAGUACACUGGCGCCACAAGGACAGAACUGCACAGACUAUGCCUUCUCGUGUUUUUCAGGGAUCAGCAGAAUUUGAAGAGAGUUUGCAGCUCAGGUGCAGUGUUUAUGGUCAUAAGAGUGCACACCAUGCGGUUAAGUACAUGCCCAAGGCCUUCACUCUCUGUGUGGUUGCCCUUGAUGUGGACGAGCUGAACCUUGGAGAGCAUCGACUGGACCUGAGCCGAUUGCUCCCUGAAGCCCCCGACAGCGAACACGAGGAUGAGGACAAACCUUUGAGUUGGACAACUAGCUUCAAGCUGUCCGGGAAAGCCAAGGGAGGCACCUUGGUCGUUACCUUUGGCUACGAAAUUCUACAGAAAGAUAAGCAUGACAAGAGUGGACGUUUUGGAUCCGUGAUUGGUUCGCCUUCUCCUUCGAUGCCGUCUCCUUCCCUUCGUUCGUUUAAUAGCUUGCCACACUCGGCCCAUGGAACCCCUCGUCCCAGGCCUUCGGACGUGAACCAGUACCUCUCGCCAACAAUGUCUGAGCCUGGUGAUUAUUACGAUCACAUGGGCAUGGAGCAUUUGAAUCUCGACGAGUCGACCCCCCAGGAGGCUCCCCGGUCGAGCGUUAGCAACCCCGCUGAUCACAGAUAUAAGCUUUAUGGGCGCCCAGAGUUUAACAGUAAGCCUCCCAAGGGUCUCUAUCCUUCCGAGUCGAAAUUGAAAACUCCGUCCUAUCCAGGUGGAGAAUCCGCUCUGGCUCCUUCCACCCCCAAGCAGUAUGUAGAACCAGCUGAGCCCAAAAGCUUUUCUGCCGCUGAUGUCCCUAUCCGAGGUGCUACCUAUGCUAGCUCUGAUGAAGAUGAACAAGAAUUUAUUGUGGUGGACCAGGGGGUCGAAGUUGGACACUUGCCAGACAGUAUCACGCACUCAAGUUCUUCUCAAUCCAGAUUCGCCAAAGAAGCUGCAGAUUAUCAGAGCACAACUCCAGAGCGCUUGUCAACUCCGGAACGCUUAGCAGCAACUCCGGAAUACAUUGACCAUGGGAAGUCCAUUAACAGAGAGCCGGUUGAACUGAGCCCACCCUCUGAGAGAUCCGUCGUUGAAAGGACACCAGUCAGUGCCACUAGCAGCAGCAGUAGCGGGCCUAGCAGAGGAUUAAGACGCGGGAAUUCGGAGGUGGAAGUGACAUCACCGGUCCAUGUUCCAACUGUGGUCCAGAUUUUUGAGACUGUGCUUUCACAUCAAGCGCAACCAGAACAGUAUCAGAAACAACAGAGCCCACUUCAUCCAGCCGUUAAUCAGAGUCGUAUCAGACCUGUCCAACCCGUGUUCGAAGAAGAGCAGCUGGAGGAGCAGGAUGAAGAGGAGAUUGAGGAACACCAAGCAGCAGCAGCCGCGGCAGAUCACCUGGAUGUCGUUUUCGGAUCGACAGGACGAGUGUCCGACAAGGAGAGUAAGCACCCUGAUGACGAAGUAACCGUAGUCCGGGAGGUUGUCCCGGUGGAGCGUGAACAAUCCCGCGAGGAGGACAAGGUGGCGUCGGGUAGUCGGGGAGUACAAGACGUGGAGCAAUUCCCGGAAACAGUAGGGUCAUCGCGAGAAGAGCGGGCGGAGGAGGUGCCCGGGGGUAGAAGGCAAGAAGCCGAGGAGGAAUGGGAUGGUGAAUUUGAGCGAUGGGAGACUGCGCAUGCACACUCUUUUGCUUCCGCCACUCAUGAGGAGAUUAGGGAACCAGCGUACGAGAAGCAGCAGGAGGACGAGAUGUGGCGGAACAUGAAUGCUUCGGCAUCGGAGCAGAACUAUAAUUCUUCCCCUGGUUUUUUCAACCGUAAUAAUAGUAACCCUCAACCUUCACCACCUCCGAUCGACGACCUAGACGAUGAAGUCGAUCUUAUCGCUGGAGAGUUUCUGCACAUGCUCGAAGGUGGGGACCGAGGUGGUGGAGGGACUCUAAUGGGAUUGAGUUCCGACAGCGAGAACGAUUCCCCAAGAGCUUUACUCUUGAAGCAGUUCGAGCAGGAGGCUCUUCUAGAAGGGGGAAUCGGGCUUCGAAUGGGUGUUCCCGAAAUUCCAGAAUUCAGUUUGGAUGGGAUGGAGGAUUCCCGGCAGUAUGAAUCUGGUCUCCAGUCUGACGAGUUUGCUCAUGGGGGCUGGCAAAGUGAGGAAGACCUGGAACUCGCCUCAAUUAUGGAAGCAGCAGAAUCGGAGCUGCAGAAAGCGACUCAGACGAUGCGAAGCAAAACCAGAGCAAAGAUGUUGGAAGAUGCAGAGACAGAAGCCCUCAUGCAAGAGUGGGGACUGAAUGAGCGAGCAUUCCAGAGUUCUCCUCCUAAGCCGGCCCAGGGUUUUCUUGAUGCUAUUGACAAUCAACUCGCGAAUAGAAUCCCAGCAGAGCCACCGGCCUUGGCACAGGGAGUCGGUCCUGUGCUGCAGACGAAAGAUGGAGGCAUGCUGAGAUCACUGAACCCCUUGCUUUUCAAUCAGGGCGGUAGUGGCAGGCUGGUGAUGCAGGUAUCAAAGCCCGUUGUCGUACCAUCAGAAAUGGGUUCCACUGGGCUGGACAUCUUCCGUCGCAUGGCAUCGGGCGGAUUAGAUACCAUGGCUCUCCAAGCGAUGGUUGCCAUGCCCUUGGAGGACAUCACCGGCAAGAGUGUGCACCAAAUCGCCUACGAAUCGAAAACAUCGUUGGAGGGACCAAGUUAUGGUCAGAAUUACUUGCCUAGUAACGGAUACAACACACAGAUGAGCCCAUACCAUGAAGGAUUUGACUCCGGUAGACAAAAUCGUCGCUCACGGUCUGGUUCUGUGGGUGUUGCUAAUCGGCGAGGCUCGGGCGGAUUCACUGACCCGUCUGACGAGUUUGUGAAUCUCGAGGAACUUGCACCAAUGGCUAUGCAGAAAAUUGAAGCUUUGGCGAUGGAUGGUCUUAAGAUACAAGCAGACAUGACUGACGAGACAGCACCGUACAGUGUUGAUUCUCUGCCAUAUGACAUGGGAUCUUCUGAUUCAUCAGGAAAGUUCAGAAAGGGAGGUCUAGGGUCUUUGGAUGGGGUCGCAGCUAUGCACCUUCUUGGUGCGAGGGAUUUGGGAGAUGAUCAUUUAACAUCUGGAACUGAUGGAUUGAUGUCUAAGGUUAUUUCAAUCGAUGAGUGGAUGCGACUUGAUGCUGGAAUGUACGACGAGAAUGAUACGAAAGACGACACACUUGCGAUUUUGGCUGCACAUGGUGCUGUGCACAAGGAUUUAGUAACGAGGGGUAGGGACGACAGAAUCAGGUACCUGCAAGGUGCCAAGGCUAGUGCAAAUUUUGGGAAAGGCGGGUUUAUGGGCAAUAUGCUCACUAUUGCCAUGUUAGUCCAGCUUCGAGAUCCUCUGCGCAACAACGAACCAGUUGGCGCACCCAUGAUGGCUUUGGUCCAGGCUGAGCGGGUUAUUGUCCCUCCUCGUCCUAAGAUUCCAAGACGAGCCCCUUCACUGCUCGGAAACUCAGAGAGGAGGUGGGAUGAUGAGGAUGAAGUUGAAGCAGAAGCUCCUCAGCAGCCUCAGUUUAAGAUAACAGCUGUUCAUAUGUCCGGUCUAAAGCCCAGCGAAGAGUCACAAAGUAAAGCCCAGGAGAGCAAGCCGAAAAAAGCUUGGGGCAGUCAAAAGCAACAACAAUCAGGCUCGCGGUGGUUGCUUGCCAAUGGUAUGGGGAAAAGUGCUGCUGGGUCGAAGCACCCAGCACUUAAAUCCAAGCCUCAAGCCGCGAAAACUACUGUCAAGCCAGGUGAAUCGUUGUGGAGUAUUUCUGCACGAGUGCACGGUACCGGCUCGAAAUGGAAAGAAGUGGCGGCUUUGAAUCCACACAUUCGUAAUCCAGAUGUCAUUUUUGCCAAUCAAAAAAUUAGAACGAGGUAGGUGUUCUCUGGGUGGUUGCACCGGCAGCAACCAACGACUAAAGCUCUGUUCUUCCCUCUUCACUGGGCAUCACCUGGAUUGUACAUAUAUGCAGACAGACUGCCAUCCCAGCCCAACGCUUUCUGGGGAACGGAGGGUGAGGUGGAUGGAGAAGAUAAGUAUCUCGAGAGUCGUUCAGAUAUUUUUAUACCUAGGUAGGUAGAUUUGAUACUUGUCGAAUUGUAACAUUUGAAAUAUCUUAAGCGGUCGUUGAUAUGGCCAUCAGCGGUGUUGUCUAGUGUUCCCUGUGAGAGAGCCGGCCCAGGCUCAUCUCAAUGUGUGAAAUAGUGAAAGCGUUUGAACUCUGAAUCCAAGAAUAUCAAGUCUCUUCCCUGCUGUAAGAGGUAAGCUCUCCUUUUAAGCCCUCAUCCAUUUUUCUCAUAGAGGGCAUUGAUUAAAUAUGGAUCAAUGUAGGAAGUUAUCUGAGGACUACAGUAACCUUCACCAUGUAGGAGGAUUUCAAUCAUGCAAUCUCUGUGGCUUGAGCAUGUACAAGACUCGCCCAAUGUUUGUCCACGCAUGUCACUUGUUUACCAGUACAACCUGGCAAAUACCAAAUUAUCCGUCGCUUUAUUAGGGGAUUGGUUUCAUUUCAUUCAGAAUGAAGGUCAUGCGAAAGGACCAGCUUUAUCACC